ACUUGGGGAAUGACUACAUGGCUCUCCUUUUAAACCUUUAGUGUGAAUUAGCUGAUCGUCUGGUUCCGAAAUUGCGUGGGGACAUUGACAACAUUUCUAAAUUUUUCCAGAUAAUAGGAUUGUUUUGUCAGCCAAUAGCAAAGCACACUUUUAUCACCGAUGGCUUUAGCUGCUUGACUUCGCAAGGGGGUGCAAAGAAGAAUUUGAGAGGGGCACAAAUGUAAUCUGUGGGUAAGUAACUACAUAUAGUUGUAUUCUUAAUUUAUCUUAAUGGGACUGUGCUUGUCAGUCAGAUCUUAUUCACCAUCUUUAGCUAGCUAGCUACUGUACUUUACACAAUUUGUUGGAGUCUAGUGAGCAUAGAGUUAACCCGCGCCUUACUGUACGUGGCUAGCUGGUCAGCUAGCUAUUGCGAUCCAAAUUGCAUGGGAUCUCAUGUAAAUAAAGGUGCAUUUGUAGUUUCUAACAUUAUAUUUAAUACACCUCUUAUGAAGUAUUAAGGCGCUUAUUUGUGACUUGUAGCUAGCAAAAAACAGUUGUUUUUGGAAGACAUAACUAUAGCUAGCGAGCCAGCUUAUUAGAAACGGGUGUAGUGGUGACAUUAACCCGCGCGCGCAACAGUUCAUUAGCUGGCUAACAAACUAAUUGGAAAGCGAUACAAUUUGUUCUGCCAGCCUUUAUUAACGUGUAACAAAUUUUUUUUACACUAAUUAAUUAAUGCUGACUUGCUUUCGUGCACUAUAAGCUAUGUAAAGCAGCACAAGUCAUCCAUGUGUGUCACAUUUCAAUGUUCCGGGUUGUGUCAUUGGACUAUGUCUGGACAUUCCGCGCCAAGAUUUUAAAAAAGAUUUGCUUGCGCGGGACCGUCCGAAUUUCCUUGAGGUCAUCUCCCGCUUUAUUCUUACUGGUUACUUUCCGCAAAUAGGCGUGUCGUUGAAGCCGUUUUGCUUGAUCAUUCGAUAGAGUGCAUGUCAGUUACCGCCAAGCGUCAACUGUGAUAUUUUGAUUAGAUUCGAUUUUUAACAUUCAUCUAGGUAAUCAACCAAGAGGCACGGUAUUAUUUGGUAAAUGUGAUUGAAUUAGAAGCAAGGCUGCUAGCUAUAUCAUUAGUAUGUUAACACCGAACAAAUAUAAUGCAGUUAAGAAAAGGUAACUAACUAAGCCUAUAACAUUUUGUGAAACGUGGAUUAAAUGAAUCAAAUACAUUGAUCAGCUUGCUAACGUUAACUGUUAUUGUUCUAGCUAGACAUUGCUUUUUUGUUAGCUAAUAUCAGUCUUACAUCCUGUGUUUGAUUGAAAUGCAGGUGGAAAAUGUCGAGCACUUUACCCGAGUCCCAGAAUCUGAGACAUAAAACACAAACCACCACCUCUAACCACAAGGUUAGUCAUAGCUGGCUACAUGUUUCUGUUAUUUUAAAAAAAUAAUCCAGGUUACUAUCUUAGUUUUUAUAUAGUAGUUCAUAUGCUGUAAAGCAGAUUCUGUUUAGGGUAUGUUCAAGGGCAUAUGACUGAUCGUUACAUAACUAACUCUAACCAUGACAUCCAGUGAUCCUUAAAUCAUCAUUGCUAUUUACUUUGUCCAACAGGGUAAUGUCUUUGCAGAGCCACAAGCACUGACAAAAACCCCAAGGAAAGCAUCUACCCAAGGCACUGUGCUAACAGAGAUUCAAUCCAACAUGGGACCCCUUACGACCCCAACUAAAGGAAGGGAGACUGGGACUGGUGAGCCUUGGACCCCAACUUCCAAUUUGAAAAUGCUGAUCAGCGCUGCCAGCCCUGAGAUCAGGAACAGAGAGAAAGAGCUGUGUAUGGACCCUGAGGGAGGGGAUGCCAUGGUAAAAUAAUACACACUCACUUACACACACACAUAUGAAUGAGUCUGCAGCUAAUACCUUAGAAAUGUAUUGAUUGCCUGUUUGGUAUUUUUCCUUUUCACACGUAGGACUCUGAACUUGGAGAGGAAGGGGAGAAACAGAUCAGCAGAAAAGAGAAGAGUCUGGGUUUGCUCUGUCACAAGUUCCUGGCCCGCUACCCAGAUUACCCCAACCCUGCCCUCAACAACGACAUCAGUCUGGAUGAUGUUGCCACAGAGCUUAGUAUGUCCUGUUUUACUCUCUCUCCACUCUCUUUAUUCCCAUCUCAGAAUAGUCAAGCUAUAUUACCCUUAGAUUUUCUAAUUUAGUUUUAAAGAAUGCAAUACAUUCAGCAUGUAUUCCCUAAGCUUAGGCCUAUAUGUUGGUGAUGUAAAUAAGCAGUUAAAAACUAUAGACAGACAGUAUACAAACAAGACCACUUUACUCCUGUUCAUUCAACUCACAUUCUCUCUUCUCUGUUCGAACAGACGUGGAGCGCAGGCGCAUCUAUGACAUCAUGAACGUGCUAGAGAGCCUGCACAUGGUCAGCCGACUGGCCAAGAAUCGCUACACGUGGCACGGGCGUGCUAACCUGCCACAGACCCUGGCCAUGUUGCGGCAGGUGGGCGAGGAGCACCGCUACGGGCAACAGAUGCAGCAGAUCCGCCAGCGCAGCCUGGAAAAGGAGUUUGACUCGGACGGCGAGGAGAAGGAGAACGAGGAGGUGGAGGGAGGAGGAGAACAGGGCCAGAAGGAGAUGUUCUUUGUGGAGCUUCCUGGGGUGGAGUUUAAAGCAGGUGAGAGGCCAGGAUUAACCUAAUUUGAUUAAGAGAUAUUAAUACAAUCGUUUGUAAUAUGUAGCAUGCAAUUGAUUGAGUCUGUACUGCAAGGCUUUUGUAGAAAAAAAAAGUUUUCCCUGUAGAUAUUUCUUGUUUUAGUGGGCUGAACCGAGUGACCAUGGUCUUGGCUAUGUAAUAACCAUGCUAUUAUUCCCCUGUGUUCUCUCCAGCCUCAGUGAACAGCAGGAAGGACAAGUCUCUGAGGGUAAUGAGCCAGAAGUUUGUCAUGUUGUUCCUGGUGUCCACACCUCGGGUGGUCAGUUUGGAGGUGGCUGCCAGGAUCCUCAUUGGAGAGGACCAGGUAGCUGAUCAGGACAAGAGCAAGUUCAAGAGUGAGUGUUGAGCCCAUAAGGGCAAAACCGUCCUUCAUGCCUCUGGCACAGCCUGUGGAAGUCUGUGUAUAACAGAAUUACUAACUAGUAAAUGUGUUCUCUCAGCACAUUUCUAGCUAGGAUACACAAGAUUUAUCAUAAAAGUGUCGUUGGUGCAAUAAGUAAGAUUCUGCACACUGAGAUGCUCCCCCAUGUGUGUUAAGACCUUUAUCUGGUGAUGAUGAGUCUAAUGUUUGAGUCUGUGUGUUUGCAGCUAAGGUCCGCAGGCUGUAUGAUAUAGCCAACGUGCUGCGGAGCCUGAAGCUGAUAGAGAAGGUCCAUGUGACAGAGGAGAGAGGGAGGAAGCCAGCCUUCGAGUGGACCGGCCCUGAGGACUUCCCCAAUGUGAAGGGUAGGUACUCAUCAGAACACACUGUCUUCCAAAUAAUACUUCACUUGAAGGGGUUGCCAUACAUAAUAACACUAUCACUGUCCUCGAUUUCUACAUGAUAUAGAGGUACUCUGUGCCAUUGAAGCUAUGCUGAACCUUUUCUAUACAAGUUAGUGGUUUAUAUGGACUUUGUAAGUCAGUCGCUAUGUUACCAUUUAACCUGUAAUGGUGUCCAACCUGCCUCUCCCAGUUCACCAGAUUAAGUAUUGUCUUCUUGUGUUUCAAACAUAGAGACCACCACCACAGCCACUGCCAAGAGGACACUUGAGUCUCGUGCCUCCGUAGACAACUGUGCCAAAAAUCUCUUCUCCUCUCCGGGGAGCAAACGCAGCUUCACCCGCCACCCCUCCCUCAUUAAACUGGCCAAGAGCAUCCAGGAAGACCGGCGCAAGAUCAACUCAGCUCCCACCAGCCCUGUCAAGAGUAAGUCCUGGGAGAUAUCUAGACAUUAGAGUCGGGGAGAUGGAGUAUUCAGAUGUUUUUCCUGAGAGUUGGUGUCUAAAUUAGCUUCUGUUUUUCUUUUCAGAUGAUUCUUCGGCCAGCGAGUUCUUUCCCACCAAAAUGGCCCAACUAGCGGCCAUCUGUAAGAUCCAGCUUGACCAGCAAUCAAACAAGUAAGUGCUGCCUGAUUCUCAUUGCGGUAUCGUAUCUUUUAGUCUUCUAAAUAAACCAGAAAUGUGCUACAUUUCCUUGUUAACAUCAACUCAGACUGUCAGAUGUUACAAUGAGUCUUGCCUCGUUCCAGGGUUGUUGACAGGACGUCUAAGCUUGCCGUUAAUGUGACUGAGGCAGUGCCAGCUCAUCAACAGAAAGCUGCUAAAAAGCCAGGAGCUCCCCAGCCGCCAGUAUUAACAUCCACAGAAUCCCGUGCCAGCACUGUCCACCUCACCCCACAGGCACAGUUCACCCCCCAGCCUACUGGGGCAAUGUCCUUCCACCCUGCCCAGUGUUCACCCCUCAUCCCUGUGCUGCUGCCCCAACACCAGGGAGGCGGACCCUACGCCAUCUACAUGCACCCCUCUUCCUUCAGGCCACACCCCCUAACCAGGCCUCAGCCAACCAGCCUCGCCGUGCGCUCCAUGACCUUCGAGGAUCAGAUGGGGCGGAGCCCAAGUGAUGUCACAGUGCAAGGCAACUCGCCUGCUACAAACAAGCUGCCAACCAGCAGCCCCUCAGCACUAAAACGUGUGUGUUCAGAGAGACCCUCCGAGGGAAGCCCCUCCAAGGCCAAGAGGAUUGACCCCAGCACCAGGGUAAGACCUGUUCUUUACACGCAACCUCUGCCUCUACGCAGCUCAGUUGUACCUACUUUGACCAGAAUGUGAGGUGACACUAGUAGAGAACUUUGACAAUGUCAUACAAAUAAAGAAGCCUGAUACAUAGUUAUAGCAACAGUCAUACGAAGCUAACCCACCUGUCUUCUCUCCUCUCCUCUCCUCCAGGACACGUCUCCUAAGCUGUGUGAGAUCCUCCAGGCUCGUCUGAAGGCGCGUCGCGGGGGUCUCCUCUCCAACCGUCCCUCGCCCCGAGCCCUCCACCUGGACCCCGAGUUCGUCAACACCCCUGGGAGCUCAGCGGCCGCCGCAGCCAAUCAGACACUGGAGCAGAACCUGGAGACCUUCCUGGAGAAGGAGGAGAAGGUUGCAACCUCAGACAGCGAGGCAGGGCUCACGCCAGUCAGAGCUGUUCCACUGACCCCCCAACACCUACACACAGAGGUAAACACACAACACACACAAGACAUAUACACAAGGUGAAACAACACACACAAAUACUGGUAAUAACAGAAAACACUUGACUUUUGAUGCUAUGUGUGUAUAGUAUUUUUGGAUGAUGUGCAUCUUUCCCUUUCGAGAAGAUUCAAUACGUAUCUAGAUACAUGGGCUCCAAUACGAUACAGGAACAAUUUGUUUUAGUUUGAAACGAUUCUCUGCGGUUCGGUUUGAUUAGAGAACGAAUCGAUUCGAUGCACAAACAUUUGUUGCAUAAACACAUUCAUAUCACAUUUUUUAUUUGUCACCUGCGCCGAAAACAACAGGUGUAGUCUUUACAUUUACAUUUUAGUCAUUUAGCAGACGCUCUUAUUCAGAGCGACUUAGUUAGUGAGUGCAUACAUGCUUGCUUACGAGCCCUUCCCAGCGAUGCAAAGUUUACAAAAUGAUAACACAAGAGGAAUAAAAUACACAAGAAUGGAGUACCGGUACCAGAUCAAAGUGCAGGGGUACGAGGUAAUUGAGGUAGAUAUGUACAUGAAGGCAGGGUAAAGUGACAGGCAUCAAGAUAGAUAAUAAUAAGAGUAAAAUAAGAACAGAGUAGCAGCUGAAUAUAAUGUGUACGUGUUUGUGUUGUCGGGAUGAGUGUGUGUGUUAUGUAUGUGUGCGCGUAUGUAAUGUACAGUAUGUGAAUGUGUGUGGGAUUUGUGUGAGAGUGUAGUGUGAGUGUGUGUAUAUAGGCUAGUGUGGAUGUAUAGUCUUGUGAGUGUGCAUAAAGUCAGUGCAAGAUAGGGUCUGUGCAGAUAGAUCGGGUGACCAUUUAAUUGACUAUUUAGCAGUCUUAUGGCUAUUUAGUAGUCUUGGGGGUAGAAGCUGUCUCGGAGCCUAUUCGUCCGUGAGCCCGAUGCUCCGUUACCGUUUGCCAGACGGUAGCAGAGUGAACAGUCUAUGGCUUGGGUGGCUGUAGUCUUUGGCAAUUUUUCGGGACUUCCUCUGACACCGCCUUAUAUAUAUAUAGGUCCUGGAUGGCAGGGAGCUCGGCCCCAGCCUGGGAAGUCUAAAUUAAAAUCUGCUGCUGAUGGAGCUCAUGAGCUGGAUCUGUCUGAGAUUACUUCUGAGUGUGUGUGUGUAAAUGAUAUAUGUCUCUGGUGUAUGUACUAUGUAGGCACCUUAGCUGAGCCAUAAGGGAGACUAGGCAUCUACCACCCCAGUACCACUAUCAGAUUGGGGGGGGGGGGGCAAGCCUAUGUUUUUUGUCCCCUCACUUUGGGUCUGAAAUUACCAUCACCCACUAAUUAACUUUUUUAACUAAUGUAUCAAAUGAGCUAUGACAUAGCCAAUGAAUAUAUUUCACCCCCAUCUCAAAAUCGGAAUGGUUUCGACCGGGUGGACAUUUUUACGGAGUGAUCUUCUCUCGCUUCGGCCGUGCAGUGCGCCUCGCAAAAGUGAUUGCUGUCCUCGUUAUGAAAUUAGCAACCUUACCCUGUAUAUAAAAUAAAAUGUCCAUAUACACUGAGUAUACAAAACAUUAAGGAAUCCUACUCUUUCCAUGACAUAGACUGAUCAGGUGAAAGCUAUGAUCCCUUAUUGAUGUCACUUGUUAAAUCCACUUCAAUCAGUUUAGAUGAACCGGAGGAGACCGGUUAAAGAAGGAUUUUUAAGCCUUGAGACAUGGAUUGUGUAUGUGUGCCACUCAGAGGGUGAAUGGGCAAGACAAAAUAUUUAAGUGCCUUUGAACGGGCUAUGGUAGUAGGUGCCAGGCGCACCAGUUUGUGUGAAGAACUGCAACGCUCUGGGUUUUCAAGCUCAACAGUUUCCUGUGUGUAUCAAGAAUGGUCCACCACCCAAAGGACAUCCAGCCAACUUGACACAACUGUGGGAUGCAUUGGAGUCAACACGGGCCAGCAUCCCUGUGUAACGCUUUCAACAUCUUGUUGAAAGUCCAUGCCCCGACUAAUUGAUGCAACUCUAUUAGGAAGGUGUUCCUAAUGUUUGGCAUACUGAUUGGUUAAAGCAAAACUAUUGCUGAUGGUGAACCUGAAUAAUCCAAAUUAAAUCUAUUGUAAGCCCCGUUCAGCAGGUAUAGCCAGAUGAGAGUUUGUCCUGUAGCUUACUUUUAAUUCCGGUGAAACACAAUUUUCAACAGCGCAUAGAUAACAAUAACCUAGCAAAUCACAUAGGGUGUCACAAUCUUAAUAUCACGCAAGCCAUUUUAGCAUUUGAAUGCUGAAGGUGCCACACAGAUUUGCAAGACCAACUCGCGUUGGUCAGCACGUGAAGCUGGGCACAGUGCGCAGUUUGACUAGGCUACUGAUAUUGCCUGGAGUUGUUCGGCAUGCAAAAUUACUUGUAGAUCAAUGACUGUCAACAUAGUUACAUGCAGUUCGACACAAGAUAAGAGGUAUUUUCAGAAGGUAGAAAGAAUGUAUUAAGAGGCCCAAAUAAUUAUGAACCAGUGAUUCGUAACGUUUGAAUCGAUUUUCUGACCGAUGCAUGCUACAUUUAGAUCGGUUUGGGGUCUGCGGACUGACGCACUUGUAUCUUAAACAUUUGAAUCUGGGACCGAUGCAUAUCGGUGAAUCGUUACAUCCAUAAUGCUGUGUUAAUGACUAUUUUCUCUCUCUCUCACUCUGUUCCAGACUCUGAUCCCCACUGGCUACCUGAUCCCUAUCUCCCAGCAGUCCCUCUUCAGCUACAAAGACCUCCACAACACAGAGAGCAGCAAAGCCUCCACACCCACCUACAACAUCUACCACACACCCACUGCAGGUAUACACACCUUUGUUUUUAUAUAUUUAUUUAUAUAUAUAUAUAUAUAUAUAUUAUUUAUGAAUUUUCAGUUUCAUAAACAGACAGAUAAUGACAGCAAACAAUACAUUGAGAAUACCCCCCAACUGGAGACAGAAAAAACUGAACACAACAUUGCUCUUAAGGAAUUGGCACCUUGCUUCAUUUAUAUUUGACAUACUGUACAGUAUAAGGAUUACGCUCGGCACAAAAAAUAUUACUGUGAAUCAGGGUGGGUUGCAGGUUGUAUGUUGUGUUGCCCAUCACAACGUGAAAGAUGCACUAUAAAGGGCUGCCAUAUCUUAACGAAUGAAUUAGAUCUGCCAGAGAUCAUGUCGAAUCCUUUCUGUAUGUAGCAAACUGGUGACUUCAGCUAACCAGGUUUUAGAAACAGGUACAGUCUCCUUAUUCCAAAAGCUUAAAAUGUUUCUUUUUGCAAUAACCAUGCCAUAUUGUACAGUCUUCUGUUCCCAGUGGGUUAAAGUCGUUAGGUGCUGUGACCUGCCUAAAACAGCAGUGUCCGGGGCUGGUAUUAGGUUACAGCUGUAUACUUCUGAGAAACACUUAAAACUAUCCUGCCAGAAAGUGUGCAGUUUGGGGCAUGACCAGAAGAGGUGACCCAGGGUACCCUCGGCAGAUUUGCACUUGGGGCAUAUCGGAGAGAACAAAGAGUAGAACAAGUGUAAUUUGGUACAGGAAUAGUGUAGUCUGUGAAUCACUUUGUAUUGAAUAAGUUGGUGUCAGAGGUUUAUCGAGCACAAGUGAAUAUCUCGAAGGCAAUCGGCCCAACUGUCAUCAGUAAUCUCCAUACCAAGGUCUUCCUCCCAGGUCUCCUUCAAAUGUUGUGUGGAUACAGAGUGAUAUGCUGUAAAUACUCUUGGAGUCAGGGGCGAGGUUCAUGAAAAUAUACAGUACGCGGGCAGGUGUAAUUGCCUCAAUGUGAUAUAUUUAAGCGAACGUACUUUCUUAUCUGAAGAUGUCGAACACAUUUUUUCUAUAUAUUUAUUUAUUUAGGGGGUAGAUCAGCUUUAAUAUUGCAGAUAAAUUGUAACUUCCAUCAAUGUAAUUGUCUGCAUCACUUACAAUCCCCCAUAUUAUUAUUUUUCUCGCAAAUAUAUAUAUAUACACAUACAUAUAUACACACAUACAUAUACAUUUCCUUUUUAAAAAUAUAUUUCCCUUUAUUACUUUCCAACCCCACCACCCCUUCCCUAGUUGGAGUAAACUAGUGAACAACAAUGCUUAGGCCUCUACUUCCAGCUUAUACAUACUAUAUACAUUUUAUGGACACAGUCAAUUUUACAAUAAUUCUAUUUUGUUUGUUUUUACUCCUGAACUUUACACUCAACCUCUCAGAUCAUUUUCAUGAUGUCCAUCCAGUUUGCCAUAUCUUUCUAACUGUGCUCUUUCACAAAAGCUCUCAACCUAUAACCUAUAUACUUAUUAUGGACACAGUAUGCUUACAUUAUUAGUUAUCUGUUUUACAAAAGUUCUAUGUAGAAAGAAGUUAGAUUCCUGGGAGAUCGUACACUUCCCUCAACUGUGGCGAAUGUGUCAAAAGUAUUAUUGAUGUAGAGGUCUGCGAUAGUAUUAAUACCCUGUCUCUUCCAGAAUAGAAAAUUAUUGUCAGUUGGGGGGGGGGGGGCGUGGUUAUGGCAAAUAGGAGUACAGGCUGAUUUUUUUUUUGUUGCAUAAAGUUGCCAGUAAUACCUGUAGGGGAUUUAGUUGAUGAAAAGAGAAGUGCUGGAAGAGAGGUGUUGUGUGUACAGUCGUGGUCAAAAGUUUUGAGAAUGACAAGAAUUGGUCUUCACAAAGUUUGCUGCUUCAGUGUUAUGAGAUAUUUUUAUCAGAUGUUACUAUGGUAUACUGAAGUAUAAUUACAAGCAUUCCAUAAAUGUCAAAGGCUUUUAUUGACAAUUACAUUAAGUUUAUUUAAAGAGUCAAUAUUUGCAGUGUUGACCCUUCUUUUUCAAGACCUCUGCAAUCCGCCCUGGCAUGCUGUCAAUUAACUUCUGGGCCACAUCCUGACUGAUGGCAGCCCAUUCUUGCAUAAUCAAUACUUGGAGUUUGUCAGAAUUGUGGGUUUUUGUUGUCCACCCGCCUCUUGAGGAUUGACCACAAGUUCUCAAUGGGAUUAAGAUCUGGGAUCUGGGGAGUUCCUGCAGCCCGAUUCUUGCAUACUCCUUGGAUUUGUCAUUGCUUCGAAUUGUGGGUGUUCUUGUGUUGUUCAGUGUGUGUGUGUGUGUAAAUGAUAUAUGUCUCUGGUGUAUGUACUAUGUAGGCACCUGAGCUGAGCCAUAAGGGAGACUAUUAGGAAGGUGUUCCUAAUGUUUGGCAUACUGAUUGUUUAAAGCAAAACUACCAAAACUAUUGCUGAUGGUGAACCUGAAUAAUCCAAAUGAAAUCUAUUGCAAGCCCCGUUCAGCAGGUAUAGCCAGAUGAGAGUUGUCUCUGGUAGCUUACUUUAAUUCCGGUAAAACACCAUUUUCAACAGCGCAUACAUAACAAUAACCUAGCAAAUCACAUAGGUUGUCACAAUCUUAAUAUCAUGAAAGCCAUUUUAGCAUUUGAAUGCUGAAGGUGCCACACAGAUUUGCAAGACCAACUUGUGUUGGUCAGCACGUGAAGCUGGGCACAGUGCGCAGUUUGACUAGGCUACUGAUAUUGCCUGGAGUUGUUCGGCAUGCAAAAUUACUUGUAGAUCAAUGACUGUCAACACAGUUACAUUCAGUUCGACACAAGAUAAGAGGUAUUUUCAGAAGGUAGAAAGAAUGUAUUAAGAGCCCCAAAUAAUUAUGAACCAGUGAUUCGUAACGUUUGAAUCGAUUUUCUGACCGAUGCAUGCUACAUUUAGAUCGGUUUGGGGUCUGCGGACUGACGCACUUGUAUCUUAAACAUUUGAAUCUGGGACCGAUGCAUAUCGGUGAAUCGUUACAUCCAUAAUGCUGUGUUAAUGACUAUUUUCUCUCUCUCACUCUGUUCCAGACUCUGAUCCCCACUGGCUACCUGAUCCCUAUCUCCCAGCAGUCCCUCUUCAGCUACAAAGACCUCCACAACACAGAGAGCAGCAAAGCCUCCACACCCACCUACAACAUCUACCACACACCCACUGCAGGUAUACACACCUUUUGUUUUUAUAUAUUUAUUUAUUUAUUUAUAUAUAUAUAUAUAUAUAUAUAUUAUUUAUGAAUUUUCAGUUUCAUAAACAGACAGAUAAUGACAGCAAACAAUACAUUGAGAAUACCCCCCAACUGGAGACAGAAAAAACGGAACACAACAUUGCUCUUAAGGAAUUGGCACCUUGCUUCAUUUAUAUUUGACAUACUGUACAGUAUAAGGAUUACGCUCUGCACAAAAAAUAAUUACUGUGAAUCAGGGUGGGUUGCAGGUUGUAUGCUGUGUUGCCCAUCACAACGUGAAAGAUACACUAUAAAGGGCUGCCAUACGAAUGAAUUAGAUCUGCCAGAGAUCAUGUCGAAUCCUUUCUGUAUGUAGCAAACUGGUGACUUCAGCUAACCAGGUUUUAGAAACAGGUACAGUCUCCUUAUUCCAAAAGCUUAAAAUGUUUCUUUUUGCAAUAACCAUGCCAUAUUGUACAGUCUUCUGUUCCCAGUGGGUUAAAGUCGUUAGGUGCUGUGACCUGCCUAAAACAGCAGUGUCCGGGGCUGGUAUUAGGUUACAGCUGUAUACUUCUGAGAAACACUUAAAACUAUCCUGCCAGAAAGUGUGCAGUUUGGGGCAUGACCAGAAGAGGUGACCCAGGGUACCCUCGGCAGAUUUGCACUUGGGGCAUAUCGGAGAGAACAAAGAGUAGAACAAGUGUAAUUUGGUACAGGAAUAGUGUAGUCUGUGAAUCACUUUGUAUUGAAUAAGUUGGUGUCAGAGGUUUAUCGAGCACAAGUGAAUAUCUCGAAGGCAAUCGGCCCAACUGUCAUCAGUAAUCUCCAUACCAAGGUCUUCCUCCCAGGUCUCCUUCAAAUGUUGUGUGGAUACAGAGUGAUAUGCUGUAAAUACUCUUGGAGUCAGGGGCGAGGUUCAUGAAAAUAUACAGUACGCGGGCAGGUGUAAUUGCCUCAAUGUGAUAUAUUUAAGCGAACGUACUUUCUUAUCUGAAGAUGUCGAACACAUUUUUUCUAUAUAUUUAUUUAUUUAGGGGGUAGAUCAGCUUUAAUAUUGCAGAUAAAUUGUAACUUCCAUCAAUGUAAUUGUCUGCAUCACUUACAAUCCCCCAUAUUAUUAUUUUUCUCGCAAAUAUAUAUAUAUACACAUACAUAUAUACACACAUACAUAUACAUUUCCUUUUUAAAAAUAUAUUUCCCUUUAUUACUUUCCAACCCCACCACCCCUUCCCUAGUUGGAGUAAACUAGUGAACAACAAUGCUUAGGCCUCUACUUCCAGCUUAUACAUACUAUAUACAUUUUAUGGACACAGUCAAUUUUACAAUAAUUCUAUUUUGUUUGUUUUUACUCCUGAACUUUACACUCAACCUCUCAGAUCAUUUUCAUGAUGUCCAUCCAGUUUGCCAUAUCUUUCUAACUGUGCUCUUUCACAAAAGCUCUCAACCUAUAACCUAUAUACUUAUUAUGGACACAGUAUGCUUACAUUAUUAGUUAUCUGUUUUACAAAAGUUCUAUGUAGAAAGAAGUUAGAUUCCUGGGAGAUCGUACACUUCCCUCAACUGUGGCGAAUGUGUCAAAAGUAUUAUUGAUGUAGAGGUCUGCGAUAGUAUUAAUACCCUGUCUCUUCCAGAAUAGGGGGGGGGGGGGGGGGGGCUUGGUUAUGGCAAAUAGGAGUACAGGCUGAUUUUUUUUUUGUUGCAUAAAGUUGCCAGUAAUACCUGUAGGGGAUUUAGUUGAUGAAAAGAGAAGUGCUGGAAGAGAGGUGUUGUGUGUACAGUCGUGGUCAAAAGUUUUGAGAAUGACAAGAAUUGGUCUUCACAAAGUUUGCUGCUUCAGUGUUAUGAGAUAUUUUUAUCAGAUGUUACUAUGGUAUACUGAAGUAUAAUUACAAGCAUUCCAUAAAUGUCAAAGGCUUUUAUUGACAAUUACAUUAAGUUUAUUUAAAGAGUCAAUAUUUGCAGUGUUGACCCUUCUUUUUCAAGACCUCUGCAAUCCGCCCUGGCAUGCUGUCAAUUAACUUCUGGGCCACAUCCUGACUGAUGGCAGCCCAUUCUUGCAUAAUCAAUACUUGGAGUUUGUCAGAAUUUGUGGGUUUUUGUUUGUCCACCCGCCUCUUGAGGAUUGACCACAAGUUCUCAAUGGGAUUAAGAUCUGGGGAGUUUCCUGGCCAUGGACCCAAAAUUUCGAUGUUCUGUUCCCUGAGCCACUUAGUUAUCACUUUUGCCUUAUGGCAAGGUGCUCAAUCAUGCUGGAAAAGGCAUUGUUCGUCACCAAACUGUUCUUGGAUGGUUGGGAGAAGUUGCUCUCGGAGGAUGUGUUGGUACAAUUCUUUAUUCAUGGCUGUGUUCUUAGGCAAAAUUGUGAGUGAGCCCAGUCCCUUGGCUGAGAAGCAACCCCACACAUGAAUGGUCUCGGGAUGCUUUACUGUUGGCAUGACACAGGACUGAUGGUAGCGCUCACCUUGUCUUCUCCGGACAAGCUUUUUUCCAGAUGCCCCAAACAAUCGGAAAGGGGAUUCAUCAGAGAAAAUGACUUUACCCCAGUCCUCAGCAGUCCAAUCCCUGUACCUUUUGCAGAAUAUCAGUCUGUCCCUGAUGUUUUUCCUGGAGAGAAGUGGCUUCCUCGCUGCCCUUCUUGACACCAGGCCAUCCUCCAAAAGUCUUUGCCUCACUGUGCGUGCAGAUGCACUCACACCUGCCUGCUGCCAUUCCUGAGCAAGCUCUGCACUGGUGGUGCCCCGAUCCCGCAGCUGAAUCAACUUUAGGAGACGGUCCUGGCGCUUGCUGGGCGCCCUGAAGCCUUCUUCACAACAAUUGAACCUCUCUCCUUGAAGUUCUUGAUGAUCCAAUAAAUAGUUGAUUUAGGUGCAAUCUUACUAGCAGCAAUAUCCUUGCCUGUGAAGCCCUUUUUGUGCAAAGCAAUGAUGACAGCACGUGUUUCCUUGCAGGUAACCAUGGUUAACAGAAGAAGAACAAUGAUUUCAAGCACCACCCUCCUUUUAAAGCUUCCAGUCUGUUAUUCUAACUCAAUCAGCAUGACAGAGUGAUAUCCAGCCCUGUCCUCGUCAACACUCACCUGUGUUAACGAGAGAAUCACUGACAUGAUGUCAGCUGGUCCUUUUGUGGCAGGGCUGAAAUGCAGUGGAAAUGUUUUUUGGGGAUUUAAGUUCAUUUCAUGGCAAAGAGGGACUUUGCAAUUAAUUGCAAUUCAUCUGAUCACUCUUCAUAACAUUCUGGAGUAUAUGCAAAUUGCCAUCAUAACAACUGAGGCAGCAGACUUUGGUUGAAACGAGUAUUUGUGUAUUCUCAGUUUUGACAACGACUGAUCUUGUCAAUAGCGAGCAUGAGCAGUUCGACACAAGAUAAGAGGUAUUUUCGGAAGGUAGAAAGAAUGUAUUAAGAGGCCAAAAAAAUUAUGAACCAGUGAUUCGUAACGUUUGAAUCGAUUUUCUGACCGAUGCAUGCUACAUUUGGAUCGGUUUGGGGUCUGCGGACCGACGCACUUGUAUCUUAAACAUUUGAAUCUGGGACUGAUGCAUAUCGGUGAAUCGUUACAUCCAUAAUGCUGUGUUAAUGACUAUUUUCUUUCACUCUCUCUCUCACUCUGUUCCAGACUCUGAUCCCCACUGGCUACCUGAUCCCUAUCUCCCAGCAGUCCCUCUUCAGCUACAAAGACCUCCACAACACAGAGAGCAGCAAAGCCUCCACACCCACCUACAACAUCUACCACACACCCACUGCAGGUAUGCAAACCUUCGUUUUUAUAUAUUUAUAUAUAUAUAUAUAUUAUUUAUGAUUUUCAGUUUCAUAAACAGACAGAUAAUGACAGCAAACAAUACAUUGAGAAUACCCCCCAACUGGAGACAGAAAAAACUGAACACAACAUUGCUCUUAAGGAAUUGGCACCUUGCUUCAUUUAUUUUUGACAUACUGUACAGUAUAAGGAUUACGCUCGGCACAAAAAAUUAUUACUGUGAAUCAGGGUGGGUUGCAGGUUGUAUGUUGUGUUGCCCAUCACAACGUGAAAGAUACGCUGUAAAGGGCUGCCAUAUCUUAACGAAUGUAUUAGAUCUGCCAGAGAUAUCAUGUCGAAUCCUUUCUGUAUGUAGCAAACUGGUGACUUCAGCUAACCAGGUUUUAGAAACAGGUACGUUCUCCUUAUUCCAAAAGCUUAAAAUGUUUGUUUUUGCAAUAACCAUGCCAUAUUGUACAGUCUUCUGUUCCCAGUUGGUUAAAGUCGUUAGGUGCUGUUACCUGCCUAAAACAGCAGUGUCCGGGGCUGGUAUGAGGUUACAGCUGUAUACUUCUGAGAAACACUUACAAAUAUCCUGCCAGAAUGUGUGCAGUUUGGGGCAUGACCAGAAGAGGUGACCCAGGGUACCCUCAGCAGAUUUGCACUUGGGGCAUAUCGGAGAGACCGAGGGGUAGAACAAGUGUAAUUUGGUACAGGAAUAGUGUAGUCUGUGAAUCACUUUGUAUUGAAUAAGUUGGUGUCGGAAGUUUGUGAAUAUCUCAAAGGCAAUCGGCCCAACUGUCAUCAGUAAUCUCCAUACCAAGGUCUUCCUCCCAGGUCUCCUUCAAAUGUUGUGUGGAUACAGAGUGAUAUGCUGUAAAUACUCUUGGAGUCAGGGGCGAGGUUCAUGAAAAUAUACAGUACGCGGGCAGGAGUAAUUGCCUCAAUGUGGUAUAUUUAAGCGAACGUAAUUUCUUAUCUGAAGAUAUCGAAAGAAGUUAGAUGCGGGGAGAUCGUACACUUCCCUCAACUGUGCAAAUGUGGCAAAAGUAUUAUUGAUGUAGAGGUCUGCGAUAGUAGUAAUGCCUUUUCUCUUCCAGAAUAGAAAAGUAUUGUCAGUUAGUGGGGGGUGUGCUCUAGCAUUUGCUGCCCAAUAAUAAUGCUGAAAAUGUGGCAGACUCAUGCCCUCUAAUUCUUUGGGCUUGAUUAUAUUUUUUUUAGAGAUACGGUGUACUUUGUAUCACCACACAAAAGGCAAGAUAAUAGAAUCCAAGAAUUUGAAAGAAGCUUUAGUUAAAAAUAUAGGCAGAUUCUGAAAGAGAUAAAGGAAUCUGGGGAGUGUAACCAUUUUAAUAGCAUUAACAUGGCCUAUCAUAGAUAGAGGCAACACUCUCCAAAUGUCAAUGUUGCGCUUCAACUUCUCUGUCAUGGCGAGGUAGUUCCAUUUAUAAAUCAAUUUAGUGUCCUUGGGGAUGACAACACCUACAUCUUUAAUUUUGUCUCUUGUGAUUUUAAAAGGUAUAUGUUUAAGGAACUCUGGGUUUAAGUCGCCUUUAAGAGGCGAACAAGAUGAUGUCAUCCGCAUAGAGCGAGAUGCGGUGAUCAACCUUGCCCAUGUUUAGCGGAGCAAUGUCAGGAUGGCUGCUGAUGCUAAUAGCUAGGGGUUCCAUAGUAAUGGCGAAUAGCAACGGACUCAAGGGGCACCCCUGGUGGCAGGAACGUUGAAGUGAAAACGGAGGUGAUUUAUUGUAAUUAGUGAGAACUGAAGCCGUCGGGCACGUAUAUAGUAUUUCAAGGUAUACACACCUUUAACAUUUAUUCACAGUCGGUACACACUAACGCAAAUUUGAACUAUGUCUUUUAGUUCAUUUUUUUGUGAGGACCUUGAGUAAAGCAUACGGUAUCAGAUGACUUCAACUCAAUUAAAAUAGGAAAUAUGUAUCUUAUGACUGUAAUUAACAUGUCUUCCUUCUCUCCUUCCCAGGCUCUAGACCUCCCCCAAUCCAGGAGUUCACCCCCACCAGCCUCCCCCUCCACAGGCCUCCCCCCGCCUCGCCCUUCUCUGCCCAGGGGCACCGCUUCCACAGCCCCAGCCCUGCCAUCCUCAACUUCACCCUGCAGAACCUGGGCCUCAUCCCUGGGCUUGCAGCCCUGGCACUGCCCACACCCCGGAGCACCCCAGCUCCAUGCCCAGCCCCCUGCCUCCCCACCUGGGCCUGCAUCAGAGGGGCGGCAUGGUCUUCGUUAAGCCCAUGUCCCCCGUGCCAGUCCAACAUCAGAUGACCGGCCCAGGCGGGCAACCACUCACGCUAAUCAGCCUACAGCAGGUGAGAUACAUGCUUGCAUACAUACAUCCACACAAACACUGUUACACACACACAAACACUGGGUCGCACAUACAGCAUACAUACACACACAGCCAAUAAGCUUAACACACACACACACACACAAACAGUCAAAGUCAAACCCCUCCCUAAUUGCUAAUGGUAUGCUGCUGGUUCAGUGCUUGGGUAAAUAGCCUCACUGUUGAUAUGAACGAGGUGUGAUGUUGAUUGUAAACAUCUGCUAACUAACUUCUCUGUCGUCGUCUUUCUCCCCUCCUCUUCAGAUGACCACGCCCAAAGGGACGGCCCUCCCCCAGCACAGUUUCUUCCACACCCCUGUCUCCCUGUCCCCGCUGGCUACCGUGGUAACCACCAGCCACGGACACACGGCGCCGGCGGGCGCUAAAAGCGUUUACAUCCCUCAGAGGAAGCUGGAGGUCACCACUGAGGACACCUAAAGACUAUGCUGCUACACAACCUCUGUGUGUCAACCAGCCCUUCAAUGUGUGUGUGUGUGUGUCUGUACAUGUCUGCAUGGUUUUCUAGGGUUUGACUGUUGUAUUUUUAAGGCGUACUGUAGGUUGAGGGAUUUUGUGUUCUAGGGUAUGUGAUGUCUCCAAAUGAUUUCAUCUUAAAACUGGUCCACGGGUUAUUCGGCCCUCAGGACCCCAAGGGGUGCACGUUUUGGUUUUUGCACUACACAGCUGAUUCCAAUGAUCGAAGCUUGAUGAUUAGUUGAUUAU